UGAAGAGCAGAAAACCAUCAACAAUAGCUGCAGAGCCUCUUACUAACAUUUAAGAAUUGAUUCUAACCAUUUGACUUGAUUUGUAACUGGAAACAUGCACAUUCAAAUUAGAAACUUGACAUGGACACUGAUUCCACUCUUUCUGUCUGGUAGGUAAAACAUUUACAUCUCAUUUAAUGUUUAAUUAAAAUGAUUAAAACCUCACAGGAUAUGAAUGAAUCCCUCUCUUUCAGGUGUUCUCUGCAAUACAUGGAGAGUGGUAUAUCACCAGCAACAUAUCUGUGCAGUGCAUGGCUCGUAUGUUGUCAUUCCUUGUUCAUUUUACUAUCCUGACAACCUGAGAGUGAAGAAAAUUAUGAUGUUUCAUUUAAAGUCUCAACAUUUCAAGGGUCGUGUCAUUUAUGACAGCCACUCUAACAAAGUCACCACACGAUUCGAGUAUAUUGGUGACAAAAAACACAAUUGUUCUUUAAAAAUACACCAAGUGGAGCAUAAUGAUGCAGGAAAAUAUGUCUUCAGAUUUGUAACAAACUCCCCAAAGGGCCAAUGGACUGGUAAAACGGCUCAACGUUAAAGGUUGUUGGUUUGAACAUUUCCGUCACACAACCUGAUGGAAACAGACCGAUAAUGGAAGGCGACUCUGUGAAUCUGACCUGCAGAAACGUCUGCGAUGAUAACCUUUCAUCUGCUUUCACCUGGUUUAAGAAAGGAGAACCCAUAGACGAAGGACCUGGACUUUAUUUAAGCAACAUGUCCUCCACAAAUUCUGGAAACUACACUUGCUCUCUGAAAACACACACAGGAACAGUUUCAGGAGUCAUAAAUAUUGACGUUGGAUAUGGCCCCAAGAACACAACAGUGUCUGUCAAACCAUCGAUGGAGGUGGAUGCCGGCAGCAACAUCACGCUGAUCUGCAGCAGCCAUGCAAACCCUCCAGUGGAGAAUUUCACUUGGUUUAAACUAAAUGAUGACAAUGACGAUGAUGAUAUUAUGGCUGUUGGACACCAGCGUGAGUUCUUCCCUGCUGAUGGCGGCCAGUAUUUAUGCAGUGCCACCAACCAACAUGGAAGCCAAAACUCCUCUGUUGUGAUAUUAAAGGUUAAACCAUAUUGGGUAACAUUUAGCGGAGAUGUGAUUAUCAUUGCUAGUGUUGCUGUGCUUCUGAUUGUGAUCGCCGUUAUCGCCCUCAGAAGACUCCACAAAAAAAGGAACACAGAGACGGAAAGUGAGGAGGACAUACAGAAUACAGACUAUAUCAACUGGCUCGGCUGUGACAAUAACCAAUCACAAGAGGGAAAUCAGUGUGAAGGAGGAACAGCAGAAGUUAUCUAUACAACCAUAUACUUCAAAAACAAAACAAAGUCAAACGUGGAGCAGCAGAUGGACUCCCACACUGAUGAGCAUUAUUUACAUCAGUGUGAAGAAACCAACUGUUAAACCCUUCGUACUUCGAGCUGCCCCGAGUUGAAUACACACACAUGCCUCUUUUGCAGUAAUAAGUGUGGUGUAGGUUUUUGAGGGUACUGAUGUCCUUACAUUUUACAAAUCUGUAAGAUGUAUUACCACAUGCAGUGCAGUAAAGAUACAUAUUAUAAUACAAACAACAAGCAAAUGUGAUAUCAAAAACAAUAUAUCAUAUCUUACCCUUAACACUAACCAGAACAGAGUUCAACAGCAUCUCAUUUUAAAUUGUAUGCAUAGGAGACGUUCAAAUGAGAAGAGCAGAAUAUCAAUAAAUUGGCUUUUUGGAAAAUAUAAAAUAAAGUCAGUCUACACUUUCAUACUGUGUUAUGUUAGCUGAGGCCAUGUCCACAUUAACCCAUUUUCACCCGUUUUCAAAUGAAAACGGGGUUUUAAGAUCUCCGUCCACACAUGCGUUUCAGAAUCGUUUUCUAAAUGAUGUGCGUCCAGACUUGCUCCCCUGAAAACGAAUAUCACGUGACUAUUCACGUACACUGGGCAUGCGCAUGCCGGUGUAAACAGGAAGUACAUUGGUUGCUUGGGUACAGAUAAUACAUUACACUACUCUUGGUACUUGAUACUUAAGAACUUCCUCUAAAAUCUUCCUCCAUAAACUCAAACAGACACAUUUCGUGGAAGUUUUUAGAAGUUUUAUUUUUCAAGCUUAGUUACAACACUGCAGGUCUAACUCUAUCUCUCCCACACAGACAGCAAAUUUACUUUAAAAUGAAGAGUUAUUAAACGAAGUUUACUAGAUUAUGGGUCCAUACAUUUGGUCAACACUAGUACGUCAUUAGUCCGUUCUGUAGGGCUGAUGACGUCACUGGACACGCCCCUCUAAUCGCUCCAAAAACAGCUGAUUCCAGCUGAAGCCGAAAGACCGCUAACCCCCUCCGGGUUGCCAUGGGUCACCUGUGCUCCCCUGGGUCCUAAGUCCCUACAAGUUUGAACGUCUAUGUACAAACAUUUGUAACAAAUACCUCAUUAUCCAUGUUGAAUUAACCUGGUAAUCGAUCGGUAUCAAGGCUGUUGUUGUUGUUGUUCUCUUCCGGAAAAGGGUCACGUGGUAAGGGGGUGACGAAUCAGGGAAUGACACGUCAUAACUGCUAAGAACCAAUCAAAUAGCGAACGCCGGUGCCUACGUCAUCGUUUUCGGACUUCAAACUUAUUCGUUUUCGGGGCCCUAAAACGCUGUGCAGUGUGGACGCUCGGUGCAAACGCAGAAAAAGAUAUGCGGAUUCAUUUGAAAACGGGUUAGUGUGGACGUGGCAGUCUGUACAGGUGCUGCACAUCUUGGCAUCACAAUGUGAUUUAGCUGGUCAGGGUUUGUGUUUGUGCAUAAUUUCCCUACUGUUGUAAUUAUCAUGCUGGCUUGGUGUGUGCGCCAUUUAAUUGUUCUCCUUAUGUCUGAUUCGACACAAAAGACUGAGUCUGGAAACCUACUGCACAUUUUCACAGAGGGUGAAAACUGCCGGCAGCCAAAUUAAUAUCAAAUGUUUAAUGUUUAAAGGAUGUGCACACACUUUCAGUGUUUUACAAAUCACAUAAACUCCUCCUUUUUUGCUUUUGGCACUGGGGAAGUUAAUGUAGUCUCUGUAGUCUUUAGUUCCUGAGCAUCUCAGGAGCUUCCUAAAAUCAUGUUCCCCAACUGUACAAUUACAUUACUGACAAGUGCUACAGUCAGCAGGCUGCAAAAUAAUUAUGUGGGAUACAAAGUAUUAUAUUAUUGGAAUAAUGAGAGCAAAACAAAA